AUGCCAUCGGAUUGCGAACUGGUCCAGUGGGAUGACCUUUGUGGCCAUCAGCUACCGGUGGGCAGGCCACAAACUGCCUCCGUUUGCGAGCUUCUGGGGCCUGGCAACAGUGAGGAACCCUCACUGCUCCUUGGCAACGGCUUCGUGACGCUUCAGACGGAAGGCAGCUUGCGGAUCACCGGGAACCUACGCGUGAGGUCGGCGCGCUUCGAAGCAGAGAGCAUCUUCUUACAGGACGCCCAGGUGGAGACGCAGCAGAGUGCGCCCAACACGUCCGCUCAAGGCGGCGGUACCUUCCACAGCAAAGGAGCCCUUACGCUGGAAAGGUCGAACAUCACAGUUACAGGUGGCGGAGCUCGUUGGGGUGGUGGCUUGGCUGCUGGUGGCGACGUUGCCCUCGUCGAGGCCUCGCUUCUCAAGGUCGCCGGCAGCGUGGCAGAGCAGGACGGUGGGGGCCUUUACACAGCAGGAACACUGCGUCUUCGAGGAGGCUCCCAAAUCAUUGUGGAGGCGACAUCGGCGGCACGAGGUGGAGGCUUCUUCGCAAGUGGUGAG